CUAAAAUCGCAAAGCGCAGGCAGCCGUGAGCGUCGCGUGUGCCAUGGCAACGGCCACGUUCCAGUUGUGAUGUGACAAAAUGAUAGAUAUUCGUCGAUAUGACGGUAGAUAUACGAUAUACGCGUCAGAUAUAUGAUUGUCCGACAGGCAGACGGUGCACACAGACGUUCGCAGCCAAGAUAACCGCAGCAGUUCGUUGCUGAAUCAUUUCUGAAAUUGCGGCCAUUCGCUUAGAUUGGUGUAAUGAAGAAGGAAAUAAACUCUAUACUUCACUACAAUCGUGAGGACCUCAUAGAUAAGGUCCACCUUAACGAAGCGCAGAAACUGUCAGCGUUCGAUCAAGUACUGCGCUCCAAAUGGGACGAAGCGGUAGAGAACGGGUGCUUUUGGUACCAACUCGACAAGUUAGAAACGAAAGUUCUCUCGGGAAAAUUCAAGUUUGUAGCUCAGCUGAACGUCAAGCGAGCGCAAGAGCGUCGCAAACCCCAGCACAUCACGUCUGUGACCAUGCCCUUCGAUAAUAGCCUUUUUAACUUCACCAAGGUUAAAGAUGCGGAGAUUUUGUUCCGGAUUAAAAAUAUUGAGGAGGAAACAAGCAGUCAGGCUGGACACUACGUAAUUAUCAAUGUGAGCCCAUUAGAAUAUUGCAACGCCUUGCUUGUGCCGUACCUAGAAGAUUGCCUCCCACAGGUAACGACCUCGGGGUUUUGCUCGAAUAAGAGUGCAUCUUUGCAGCCAGAAUAUUCUACCUUCCAGGUCCUAACGCGGCAGGGCCUUCUCCUCGCAAUUGACACGGUACUUUUGAGUGGCAGUCCCGCUUUUCGCCUUGGUUUUAACAGCUUAUGCGGAUUUGCGUCUGUCAACCAUCAUCACUAUCACAUGUAUUACCUGGAACACAGGCUGUACCUCGAGACUGCGAGUGUCAGUCAUUUAUAUGGGAACUGCUACGAGAUAGUCGACUAUCCCGCAGAAGGAUUUGCAUUUCAAGCAACUUCUAAGAAUAGAAGCACUAUUGUCAACGAAAUCCUGAAGGUGGUUCAAGUGUUUGUAGACGACUCAGUGGCGCAUAACAUAUUCAUAACUAGAGGAAGCGAAUUCGGUGAAAAUAACGUCAAAGAUGUCGAGAGAUAUUCCGUUGUGCGUAUUUACGUGUGGGCACGAAGAUCGUCCUAUGGGGCCAAGGAUGAAGCCGCGUUUAAUGUGGCUUUGUGCGAGCUUUCUGGACACCUUCCUAUGAAAUCUGACGAAGGGUUCCAGACGGUUACAGAAGAAUCGGCUGCUGCUGAUUUGAGAAGCUUCUGCCACGACACGUUUGUACCAGUCCGGAACAAGCUCCUUCAAAAGUAUUCAACUAGAUAGUCGUGACAAGAAUAAACGCCACUGUUCUGUAGAGGA